AGGGAAAGACCAUCUUUCCUCUCUCACAACCCAUCUUCCCUUCGCUCGGAGGAGACCGCAGCGCAAGCCGUUUGUUUCGGCAUCAUUCUUUUCUUUCACCCCCUCUCCUCCUCCUGUUCUCGCUGCACCCCCUCCCCGUUAUUGCCGGUCUCCCGGUUUGAAGGAGGAACCGGGGAGCCCGGUCGUGAUUUUGUGGAAAUACAUUUUUGCAUUUUUUCUGCUGGGUGUUGGUAGCGCGCAGUUGGUGCGCGCUUCUGCAAAUUCCGGUGAAUGGUGGAUUUGGCAAACAUGGAGACCGUGGAGAAGGAAUGCGGGGCCCUCGGGGGUCUAUUCCAGGCGAUUGUCAACGACAUGAAGUGCUCCUAUCCUGUGUGGGAGGACUUCAGCGCCAAGGCCACUAAGCUGCAUUCCCAGCUCCGAACCACUGUCCUGGCUGCUGUGGCCUUCCUGGAUGCCUUUCAGAAGGUGGCAGACAUGGCCACCAACACCAGAGGGGCAACCAGAGAUAUUGGUUCAGCUCUGACCAGGAUGUGCAUGAGGCAUCGCAGCAUUGAGGCCAAACUUCGCCAGUUCACCAACGCUUUGAUGGAGAGUCUGAUCAAUCCUCUCCAGGACAAGAUUGAGGACUGGAAGAAGACAGCCAACCAGCUGGAUAAAGAUCAUGCAAAAGAGUACAAGAGGUCACGCCACGAGAUCAAGAAGAAGUCAUCUGACACCAUGAAGCUACAGAAGAAGGCUCGUAAAGAGAUCCAGGGGCGAGGGGACCUGCAGCCUCAGCUGGACAGUGCCAUGCAGGAUGUCACCGACAUGUGCCUGUUGAUGGAGGAGACGGAGAAGCAGGCGGUGCGCCGAGCCCUGGUGGAGGAGAGGGGUCGCUUCUGUACCUUCAUUGGCUUCCUUCAGCCAGUCGUGAACGGAGAGAUUGCCAUGCUGGGAGAGAUCACUCACCUCCAGGCCAUCAUUGAUGACCUCACUGUGCUGACAACCGAUCCUCACAAACUGCCCCCUGCCAGUGAACAGGUGAUUAAGGAUCUGAAGGGCUCAGACUACAGCUGGUCUUAUCAGACCCCUCCUUCAUCUCCAAGCAGCUCCGGCUCACGCAAGAGCAGCAUGUGCAGCAGCGUCAACAGCGCCCACAGUAGUGCCUCCCGUUCGUCAGGAGGAGGCGGGAGUGGUGGUAUUGGUGGUGGCGGUGGUGGUGGAGGUUCCCAACCCCACUCACCCACUUCCUCCUCCUCCUCCUCCUCCUAUCGGUACCGCAGCAGCCUGCCGCACCAGCCUCCGCCACCGGGAGGCAUCGCCGCACACCGACUCAGCAGCGUCUCCUCCCACGAUUCAGGCUUUGUGUCCCAGGAUGCCAAUAUCUACUCCAAGCCUCCUUCACCCAUGCCCUCGGACAUCACUAGCCAGAAGUCAUCCAGCUCAGCGUCAUCAGAGGCCUCAGAAACAUGCCAGUCAGUCAGUGAAUGCAGCUCCCCCACCACUGAUUGGUCCAAAGCAGGUCAGUAUGAGCAGCCGGUGGCUGCAGCAGCAGUCCAGAGGAGAAAGGAACCUCUCGACAGGCUGAGGGAGAACGAGGCAUCGCCGGGCUCCCAGGGGUACGCCGGGCCAUCACACCCCGAUGACGGGCAGAGAUCCAGGAUGACCCCGGCUACUAUUGCUGCAAAGCAUGGAGAGGAGGUUUCACCAGCAGCCAGUGACCUUGCCAUGGUGCUCACCAGAGGACUGAGUAUGGAGCAGCAGAAGAGCAGCAGAGACUCUCUGCAGUACUCCAGUGGAUACAGCACCGAGACCACGACCCCAUCCUGCUCCGAGGACACAAUCCCCUCACAAGGUUCAGAUUAUGACUGCUACUCAGUGAACGGUGAUGCUGAAGGUCCAGACGGACAGACAGAGUUUGACAAGUCCUCCACGAUUCCUCGCCACUCCAACAUCGCCCAGAACUACCGGCGCAUGAUCCAGACCAAGAGGCCAGCCAGUACAGCUGGUCUACCCAGUGGUGUUCUCGGUCCCGGUGCCCAUGGGAUACCAGGACAACCUGGUGGAGCUGGUGGAGGCGGAGCAGGGACUCCAGGCACUGCCACCAUCCGGCGAACCCCAUCUACCAAACCAGGUGUGAGGCGCACACUGUCCAAUGCGGGUCCGAUCCCCAUCCGACCACCCAUUGUGCCUGUGAAGACACCCACUGUUCCCGGAGACUCACACUCACCUGGGGCGGGUGGUGGUGGGUACGCAGGUGGAGGACAUUCAGGUGGCGUGCCUGUGCGUGUAGGCAGUGAGGAGUGCGUGUUCUUCACUGGAGUCGAGGACGCACAGGGUGCGCUUGAUUAUGUCAAGGCGUCACCCAAGCGCCUCAGCCUGCCUAACACCGCCUGGGGAUCAGGGGCGGCAUUAGAGGUCUACGCCCAGCAGCACGGGGGCCUUGCACUAGGAACAGGUUCAGGGGCCGGAUCAGAGGAGGAUCAGAUGAUCGCGGCCAAUCGGCACAGCCUAGUGGAGAAGAUCGGCGAGUUGGUAGCCAGCGCACAUGCCCUCGGAGAGGGCCAGUUUCCUUUCCCCGCCCUCCCCGAUGACCCGGCCCCGCCUCCAACUGGCCCCACCGACUCUCAGACAGGGACAGAGGAAGCAGAGGGGUCCGGCGAUAUGCUGACCACUAUCAGGAGAGGAGUCCGCCUUCGCAAGACCGUCUCCAAUGACCGCUCUGCGCCACGCAUCUUGUGAUUGGAGGAGAAGCAGGAAGAAGAUGAUACUUGUCAGCCAAUAGGGAGUCAGGUGUUGGUGUGGUGCAACCCAACCACCUAGUACAUACACAAAAACUUAACCAUGUAGGGAAAGCUAUAAUAUAAAAGAAGAUGAAUGAAAACAAAAAC